ACAAUAAUAAAUAAUAAAUUAAACUUGUUUUUUGUGCUUGCAUGCUCAUCCGAUUGCUUUUUGAAAAUCACAUAUACGAAUGGGCAAGAAAAUGAUAAUAAAAGGAUGGAAAAAUUCUUUGCAUUUUUUUGGGGUUCUUUCUUAAAAUAUAAAAUUAUUGAGGUUUUCGUCAAUGGGAAAUGCUUCAACUAUGUUACUAUCGGGCAAUAUUGUGUUUAUACAUCGCAAUGUCAAGGUGGUUCGAUUUGCACGAAUAAUUAUUGUGCGUGUCCAGUUGGUACAGUAGUUGAUGGUAGUAAUUGUACAGAAGUGGGAAAAUGUUGGUCGCAUCAAAUUCUUAUCGAUAAAAUCUGCUAUGAUAAGGCGAACGUUGGGCAAUUUUGUAAAUAUGAUCAACAAUGUCAGGGUGGUUCAUCGUGUAUUUCGAUGCUAUGCACAUGUCCAUUUGGAACUAUUAUUCGUAAUAAUUCAACUAUUGGACAAACUUGCCUAUAUGAUGAACAAUGUGAAAGUGGUUCAACAUGUACGAGUGGAUUUUGUGCUUGUCCCAGUGGAACAACUUAUUUAAACAAUUGGUGUGUAGGUAGUGGGCACUGUAGACCAGAUCAAGUUUAUGUGCGAGGAUUAUGCUAUGAUAAAGUGGAUUUCGGUGAAUUUUGUUAUCUUAACGAACAAUGCUCGAAAAAUGCGUCAUGCAUUACGAAUCGUUGCCAAUGCCCUAAAGGUAUGGUAAUUACGAAUGGAUUAUGUGCGAUGAAUUCGCAAUGCUAUGAAUAUCAAGUAUCAGUAAAUGGUAUUUGCAUGGAUAGUGUAUCGAUAGGAAUGAAAUGUGCGGCAGAUUCACAGUGUAUCGGUCAGUUCUCUUCUCUUGUUUUCAAUUCGCACAUAUUAAGUCGAUUUCCGAAAUAUACCAAUUAUACAGACGGCGAUUGUCAAACGCUUGUACCUAUUGGACAGUACUGUUCAUAUUCAUCGCAAUGCAUGGGUUUUUCAGCUUGUAUACGUUCGAUUUGCGAAUGUCCAGCCGGAUUCGAACAAUUUAAUGAUGUUUGUAGAAAACGUUCUUGA